UGUAUAUAGACAGUGAAACGUUUCAGCCUUCUGUUUUCAGUUAAAUAGCUCAAUGGCUAGCAACUGUCAUGAAGUUUUCAUUUAUAUUGUCAAAUUUUUGAGUGAGUUUGACGAAAAAGAUCUCAAGUUUAACGCCUGUAGCUGGUUCAAAGUUUGGUGUGUGUUACCAAGUUCUUUUUGUGAUUAGACAUGCUAUAAGUGAAGGCAAUCGAACUAAAUAAUGGAUCUGAUAGGACGAAAUCUAGGACUACAGUGGAGUCUGUGGGCGCUUUGUGUAAAUUUUAACUAAAUACUUAUUUAAUAUACACUGCGGAAGUUUACGUUAAUUGUAUCAUAGAGCUUUUGUACAAUAUUAGAGUUUUUAAUUUAUUUUUUAUUCGAAGAGUGGAGGUGCAAAAUAUUGGAAUUAAACAUCGUGUACUGAAUAUCAAAAAAUUUCCUGAACGUACAAAGUUACAGUACUUCAGCAUAUUCAAGAUAAUUAUAGACUUGUUCCAGUUUGUGCCAGGAGCUUGCGUGAGAAUAAUUUAUUGAGCUAAGGAUUUUGUUUUUUGAAUUUUUAUUCUGUACAAUACGAAUGCUGUAAGAAGAAGAACAAAAAGAAGAAAUCCAAAUAGACGUUGAUCCGUGGUUUUGAGUCAAGACAUGUUAUUCUUGACGCUGGUAGCUUUAGCUCUUGGUCUUAGGGUGGGUAUUGCUAUGAACUCCAAGCACGAGUUAAACAGAGUUACAACGACAGAAGCAACAGUAAAGCAUCAGAUUCCCGAAACCUUGCUUAUCAAGUUGAAAGACGUUUCGAACGUUUCGGAAUUUGUUAACCAUUAUUUAACAGGAUAUCCAUUCCACGUUCCUUCCCGUGAAGUUCACGUGGCUUACCUUUUUGACGGCAAAGAUGACGACGACGAAGAAGAAAAGACCACUAAACCAUCUCAAGCUUUUUCGAUGGACGAUAUAGCUUCCCCUGCCGGCUGUGAGCCAGAAUAUCAGAAAAUUGAGUUUCCAGUAUCUCGUGACCCUCUUACUGUGUUAUGGCCUACUUGUACGCGUGUUAAACGCUGCAGUGGAUGUUGCCCAAGCCAUCUUUUAGAAUGUGUACCUACCCACAAUUCAACAGCUUCAUUCAAGGUAGAUUAA